AUGGUCAGAGAAAGCAUGAACUCAAACAAUCACAACUCGACUUUUGAGAAUAUGGGCCGAAAUGAGGGAACGGAAGGGGAAGUGAGUGUCGGAGAGGAGGGAAACACACCUCAGGAGAGACACAAACGGGAAGAGAGAAACCAAAGCCAUGUUUCAAUUGGUGUUACUUUAGGUCAGAAAUCACGUGAUAUUGAAAGCGAUAGAACGGAUCAAUUGUCGACACGAGUGAUGAGUAGUUCGGCCGCCGGUGGAGACAAACCCACAGUUUCUAAAAGAAAUGCCAGUAAAUUGAGGGAAAAGUUUGAAAGUAUGGCCCAAAACGAGGAAAUGGUUGUUAAACGCAGAGCCGAUGAGGAGAGGGACAGACGUCUGGAGCGCGAGAAACACGAGAUGAAGGCCGUAAAAGAGGGACAACAAGUGGUGACUAAAGCGGCGGUUAAUCCCGAGUCCGACGCAGAGAAACAAAACCCGGAUUUCGGGAAAACUGCGAAACCGAGUAAUAAUAGCGCUUCGCCGACAGGACUGACCGCUACUGCUUUGUAUGACUACAAAGCGGCCGAUUUCGAUGAGAUUAGUUUCGAUAUAAAUGAGUUGAUCACUGAUAUAGAGAUGAUCGACGAGGGCUGGUGUCGGGGCCGGUGUGGCGGCGAAGUGGGUCUCUUUCCCACCAGUUAUGUGCGAUUUAAUCAAAUGCCUAAAUCAGAAAUCACUGACAAAGCGAAUGAUAUAGAGAUCGCAUCGAUUGGUGGCAAUAGUCUAGCAAUUGAUCCCAAAUAUAAUUGUGGUUUUUUUCACUCACUUGUGGUCACCGGUGAUGACUGUGUCUACGGAUGGGGUUAUAAUAAUGAGGGACAGACGGGUUGUGGGCUACAGCACUCGACUGAAUUAAUUAUAAAAUACGUGGCGUUUAUUGUUAUCCUUAUUCCUCGUUUGCCGUCACAACUGAUGGCCAAGUCUUCAGAUGGGGUCGAAAUAACUGCCAUUUGGGACACAAUAUAA